AUGUUUAUGGUGGUGAAGUCAUGUGAGAAAAGUUCUGAACCCUCCAUGACAUCUCGAUUUUGCAGCAUCGGUGCAGAGACAGUCCGGGUAAUGCUGCCCAUAACCAAGUGGCUGUGGAAAGAUGAAUUUUGGUUUCCUCCAGGAUUCUCCUGGGAGGACAUGAAAGAGACUGAAGAGAUCCGCUACCCUCAGCCCUGUCACCUCCUCCUCAGCAUCCCUUUUACAGCUCUCCUCCUCAUCCUCCGGGUUGUCUUCCAAAGGACCAUUGCGCUUUCCCUGGGCAGAAAAAUGGGACUAAAGGAAAAAGUGCGAAAGGAAGUUUCUCCAAAUGCUGUGCUUGAAGCUUAUUACAGGACACACCAAAAGCAACCUAAAGAGAGGGAGCUGAAAGGACUGGCCAAGCAGUGCGACCUGCAACCCCGGAAGGUGGAGAGAUGGUUUCGAUCCCGUCUCAAGCAAGACCAACUCAGCUUGACAGAGAAAUUCUGUGAAGCCAGUUGGAUGGCCAUAUUCUCUGUAAUUACCUUCAUCAUGGGCCUGGCUGUCUUCUAUGAUAAAUCCUUGUUCUGGGAUGACCGUGAGUGGUGGACUGGGUACCCGCGCCAGCCACUCCUGCCCUCUACGUUUGCCUACUACAUGCUGCAGCUUUCCAUCUACUGUUCCAUAUCCAUCACCCUCUUUUUCCAACGAAAGAAGAAAUUUGACGAGCAACUUCUCCACCAUGCUGUCACCAUCUUCCUCAUCUGCUACUCGUAUUGUGCCAACUACCUCCGUAUUGGAACCUUGGUUAUAUUCAUAUUUGAAUGUUCCACAUUUUUCAUGGCUCUCACGAAGGUCUUCAUCUAUGUAAAAUGGCAACGAACUAGUAAAACUCUCUUUAUCUUAUUUGCCAUCAUGUUCUUCUCUUGUCGCAUCGUAAUUUUCCCCUACAAAGUGCUCUACAACACGUAUUAUUGCACCAUGGAAUUCGUCAAACCCUUCUUUGGCUACUACUUAAUAAAUGCCAGCCUGAUGGUCCUACAACUGCUCAGCAUCUUCUGGACCUUUCUCAUCUUCAAGAUGAUGUACAAGCUCCUUAAAUUUGGCACGAUGAAAAAAGACAUAAGGAGUGACUCAGAAGACAGCAAAAGUGACAAAGAAGAGACAGAGCAGAAGGAAGCAAGUACUGAAUCGUGCAUGUGAAGCCUUCCAAUGAGGCAAACUAUGGCCCUGGGGCCUUUGGGGGUUGGAUAAACACUACAUGGGAUAGGCUAAAUCCUCUCCUCCUGCUCCUGCCCUGUGGUUCCUCUCCAAAUCAGAGGAGUGGAACCACAGUGGGCAAUUAGUUCUCCACACCACCUGUCACAUAAAAAAAGAUUGUCUAGUUUGACUCUAAUUGGACUAGUACUCUGAGUUAGUACAGGGAGAGA